AUGUCCUGGCCUAAUCCCUUCCGCCGCAACACAGCCAACACCAAGACCUGCUGGGGCUACACUUUCGAGCUUACCGACAAGCAUCCUACCGCCGAACAAACCGAUCCUCUCAAAUACUCGUACGAUACCAUCGCCGAACGAGUCCUCGAUCGACUCAACGAGAUCUCGCCACCAGCGCAGAAACAGCUCCCGAGACAUAGCAGCCAAUUUACGAAGAAGGACGCGGAAGCCCCAAAGAUACCCUCUCGCGACCUUUAUGCUGUUCUGAGAGACAAUGCUGAGAAUGAUGGAUUGCUGUCGGAGUUUUGGAAGGAGAUCAACAUCGUUCCGGAGUGGGUUGACUGGGCACAGCUAGAACGAGGGCAGGAUGUGUUCUAUCGAUAUGGCGGCGCAUGUCUCACUGGAUUGGCAUACCAGUCUCUUCUGGGAGGUAUGGGUGCAGCGAGGGUAGUAGAGACUUUGGCACGAACAGGUGGAUUCUCGACAAAGGUGGCUCGCGGCAGACUAUACGAGACGACACAACAUAUCUUGCAGUGUACCAAGUCGCUGGAGAGCAUGCAGCCGGGAGGAGAUGGGUUCGCAUCGACGAUCCGGGUUCGCCUACUGCAUGCUGCUGUUCGACAGCGGAUUAUGAAGUUGCGGCAGUCGAAACCAGAAUACUACGACGUUGAAGCCUGGGGUAUACCUAUCAACGACUUGGAUAAUCUGGCCACGAUAGCGACCUUUUCCGCCACGCUCAUGUACAUCAGUCUGCCACGGCAAGGCAUCUACCCACGGAAACAGGAAAUUGCAGACUACAUCGCAUUGUGGAGAUACAUUGGACAUGUCAUCGGAUGUCCACCAGGCUGGUUCGACACGCCAGAAGACGCAGAACGAUUAAUGGACACCCUUCUCAUGAACGAGAUCCAGCCCACAGAGACGUCAAAAAUUCUUGCUAAUAAUGUAAUCAAAUCUCUCGAAGGCCAACCGCCUGGAUUUGCUUCCGCCGACUUUCUUAUCGCCUCCGCCCGGUGGUUGAAUGGCAACGAUCUCUGCGACGAGCUCGGUCUUGCGAGACCAAGCGUUUACUACUGGGCACUCAUGGCCGGGCAGUGCCUAUUCUUCUGCUUCUUCUCCUAUACGUACCGCUCGAUUCCGUCUUUGGAUCGGAAGAAGAUCGCCAUGCUGAAGACGGUAUUCUAUAACAUCAUUGUACAUACACCAUCUGGAUUGAAGGGCAAGGAGACAACGUUUGACUUCAAAUACGUGCCGGAAUACAGUACCAUCACGGAAAUGGGAGAGGCGGCGGAUGAUCGGGCAACGCAUUCGCAUGUCGAGAGCCGGAAUUUGAAGACGUUGCUUGUUGGAGCGGGUGUCAUGGUCGUUGGCGCGUAUGUGUCGAUCCGAAUCGGAAGUGGGAUGUUGAGUCUUGUUGGUUGGUAG